AUGGCACGUAGAACUAAAACAAUCUACCCGGUGGAUCUAUCUAUCUAUCUAUCUAUCUAUCUAUCUAUCUAUCAUUUCUUUUUUGUUCGUCAGUAUACCAUUUCUAUUCGCAAAUCCUAUCAUAUAUUCCAGAUUCUUUUAUCGUCACCUUUGCCAUUUUUCUCUGUAAUUAUUUCUUCUCGCCUGUGUAUCCACAACGCAUUUACUAACAUUUUCUCUUUCAUCUCUAUCUCCCCUUCCAUGCUAUCUAACUUCUUUAAGAAGCCGAAACUUUUUAAUCUUCGACAGUUCAUUUUUUAUAUUACUGUUUAUGGUCACUGCUCGGUUUGUGCAUAUCUAUCUCAGUCUGUCCAUAUCAUUCUAUCUAUCUAUCUAUCUAUCUAUCUAUCUAUCUAUCGAUCUCAUCUAAUUAUAUCUAUCUAUCUAUCUAUCUAUCAUCUAUCUAUCUAUCUAUCUAUCUAUCUAUCUAUCUAUCAAUCACAGUCUAGUCAUAUCUAUCUUAGUCUAAUCAUAUCUAUCUUAGUGUUCAUAUCUAUCUAUCUAUCUAACUUCUAUCUAUCUAUCUAUCUAUCUCAGUCUGUUCAUUAUCUAUCUAUCUAUCUAUCUAUCUAUCUAUCUAUCUAUCUAUCUAUACCAUCUGUUCAUAUCUAUCUAUCUAUCUAUCUAUCUAUCUAUCUAUCUAUCACAUCUGUUCAUAUCUAUCUAUCUAUCUAUCUAUCUAUCUAUCUAUCUAUCUAUCUAUCUAUCUGA